UUUCCCCUCUCUACACAGAUCACUUGCUUGGAUCUCUACUUGUUUCUAUUAACAGAUCCUUCUUUAAUUCUGUACUUGUUUGAUCUAUUUCCCCCAUACAAUAUAUAGUUUGAUCUCUCCGCGCACCCUCCUGAUCACAUCCACACAAACCAAAAAAAUGGAAUUAGAUUGUCCUACCCAAACUCCAUAAAAUAGUAUCAGCAUCUCUCUGUCUCUCUCUUUCCAUCUCCGCAAACCCAUCAAAAUUUGAAUUUUAGGUAUGUCAUCCUCCAAACUCCACCAACAAGUUUGAUUGCCCCUUCUGGCCAGCUCCUACCCUUCUCUCUCUACCACGUAAGUACUUGAAUUGGGUCCCCUGCAGGCUCCUUAAGAACCUUUAAUCUUAUCUGAUCCUAUAGCUAUCUCAAAGAUUAAUUUGCCAUCCUCCCCUUCGCAACCCAUCAAGUAAGAAACCAUGAUCAUGGUUUGAGCCAACAUGGAAGGCGACGCCGCCGGAGGAUCCCGAAGGCCCAACUUCCCCCUCCAGCUCCUUGAGAAGAAGGAAGAGGACUCCUGCUCCAGCUCCGGCUACCCCUCCCUUGCCAUCUCCUCCGGCCCCUCCACUGCUGCCGGGGGCAGCGGUGGUGGUGGCGACCACGAGCUCGCCAUCGACCCCUCACGAAAGCCACCCCCCAAGCGGAGCUCCACCAAGGACCGCCACACGAAGGUCGACGGCCGGGGUCGCCGCAUCCGCAUGCCGGCCCUCUGUGCUGCGCGCGUCUUCCAGCUCACCCGCGAGCUGGGCCACAAGUCCGACGGCGAGACCAUCGAGUGGCUCCUCCAGCAGGCCGAGCCCGCCGUGAUCGCCGCCACCGGCACCGGCACCAUACCUGCCAACUUCACCUCCCUCAACAUCUCCCUCCGCAGCUCCGGCUCCAGCGUCUCCGCCCCCUCCCACCUCCGCGCCGCCAACUACUUCAGCUCCGCCGCGGCCCUCGCCGCCCCUCCCCUCAGGAUCGGCGGCUCCAGCUUCCUCUCGGAGGGCCCCUCAUCAUCCUCCUCAUCCUUGCUCCUCAAUUUCAACUCCGGCAGUUGCAUCGCCGCCGACACGUCGUCGGACGCCGACAUUGGCAGCAGCAUUCGGAAGCGCCGGUGGGAGCAGGAGCUCCAUCAUCACCACUUGCAACAGCAGCAGCAGCAGCAGCAGCAGCAGCCGGUGCAGCACCAGAUGGCGGGCUACAGCCAGCAGGCGAGCCACGGCCAGAUGCCGGGAACCUUGUGGAUGGUGACAAACCCUAACAGCCAAAGUAUAGCGAGUGGUGAGUCGCUAUGGACGUUCCCACAGGUGGGCAGCGCCGCCAUGUUCCGAGGAUCCAUGUCUAGUGGGCUACAUUUCAUGAAUUUCCCUACACCCAUGGCUCUACUGCCGAGCCAGCAGCUAGGCCUCGGUUCCGCCGGCGCCGGAGGCCCCCCCGAGGGCCACAUGGGGAUCCUGGCGGCCCUCAACGCCUACCGGCCGCCCAAUUCUUCCGAGCCGAUGGCGCCGGCCGGGUCCCAGCAAGCUCACGGCGGGGGUGACCGGCACGAUACGAUGAGCACGAGCGACUCGUAGGUUCGGUUCGUCUCGCGCCCAUGCAUGCGAUGAUGUUGCUCUCCAUCUCUCUCUUUUCUUCUUCUUCUUCUUUAAUCCUAUCAUUUUUCUAUCAUCUUUGAAUCUUAUAUUUCUGAAGUAUAAAACAUGCUCGCAAUACACCAUGCAAGCCAUUCUUUUUUUUUUUGUUGUGUGAGUGAGACUCUCAGCUGCUAGGGUUUCAGUGAGGGAGGAGAAGAGUGAGAGUGAGUGCCGUAGUUUUUUUUUU